AUGACGAGUAUUGAAGCUUAUGUGGAUCAGAUCGCAGAUCUAGAUCAACAAGCCAUAGCACCUAACGCUCAACUAGACACAGUACUACUCUGCUUAUCAAAACCCCUUGAGUGGUUAGGUUACAAUGAAUCUCUAUUAGCGAUCUCAUUACCACAGCAACUGGCACUUGUUCAACACCCUUCUUGGAAAAAGCAUGUCUGGCACGUACUCAAAAACUUGGUGCCUCAAUGGACAUUUGCCCUGAGAUCACCUACACAUCGACAUUUAUUGGAAGCCACACAUGCAUGUUCGCAAGAUAAAAUAAAAGCCAUCAUGGCUCGAGUCAGUUUGCCUAUUGUGCUUGAAUGUCUUUCAACACAAGAAAAUGCUUCUCUAGACACAUUAGAGAUGUAUGCAGCACUUCUCAAGCUAUUGUCUCUUUCUUCUCAACUGUUUCCUCUGUAUGGAAAAUAUAUCAAUUUAAGCGAUAUUCGAUUCUUUUGUUCUUUAUUAUGCUCUAUUCCAGGUCAUUUGGCUAAUGCCUUUGCUAUCCAGUUUAAUCAAGUUCGAUUUCAUGUUGAACAUGAAUGGUAUAUGGAUAGAAACUUUUAUGCGAAAUUAAGUUCUCGCAUGGCUAAGCAUUUAACAAAAGAAACCAUUCCAUUUACACAGGAGUUACUUGGAAAAAUAACAAGACAAGGCUAUGAAGAUAUUGCUAUUUACACGAUCAUUCAAUCUAAACCGGAUCAUUGGUCUGUCGUGUUUGAACAAGCGGAGCUUAUUGCACCACCAGAACAAAUGACCAAGUCAAUCUUGCACUACGCUCAUGACCACAUGCCUAUGAUAAACACAGCGUCUCAACAAUUAGCUCAGCUCUUGUUUCAGCAUGAAUCAAAAAGGAAAGAACAGCGUCUACAGUCUUUUCUAAACACAGCAGUUUUCAAACUAUCCAAGUGUAGUUGGGCAGAUAAAACUAUGGCCAGAAUAAGUGUCUGUACCGUUAUUUAUGCUUUGGAAGACACUAGCUUAGCAAAAGAAGAAAAGCAAUUAUCUACCAAGACACUUUUAUUUCUAAUUCAUUUCUUGAAGCGAGUCAUCCAGACUUGGUCAGAUCCAGUCUUUAUCAAACAUGCAAGUUUUCGAGAACGUUCAUUUAUGACAACUGUCCUAUUAUCCUUUGUCGCUUAUUUGCCUCAUCAUGAGCUUAAACAAACAACGAUGGUCGAAACCUCCCUGUUUCAUAGUGUCUCAACUUGGUUUAAUAGUGGUGACAUUCAAACUGCACAACUUGGGGCUGUAGUAGCGGAAGCCAUUUCAAGUAAGCUGGACACAGAAAAGCCUCUGAAUACGGGAUUACUUGAUGACAAUGAUCAUUUGCGCGAAUUAAAGGGUCUUGUGUUUGUUACAGAUGCUUUUGAUGAUCAAGAGCCUGUUGCCAGUAGCACAGCAUUAGAUUCUGAGUCAGAAUCGGAACUAGAAGAAAAGGACGAACUUGAUCCCGACGCUGAUGUAAUUUUAGAAGAAGAUGAAGACGAGGAAUUUGAGCCAUACUAUAUGGAAGAAGAAUCAGAAGAUGAAGGACUAAGAAAAGAAAGCACUUUAAAAUCAACCAAAAAGCCAGUGUUUGUACGGGAUUUGAUUCGCUAUUUGCAAGACAAGAAUGACCCCUUAAAACUGGAAGCCGGAUUAACCGCCUCGGAACAAGUGAUACGCCGAAAAAUUGGGGCCGGAACAGAAUUAAGCGAAUCAUCUAUCACAUUAGCAAAGUACCUUAUAGGAUUUCCCGAGACAUAUGAAAUACAUGAUUUCCGCAAGUUACAGCAAAAUGCGCUGACAGCUCUCAUGGUUGGUGUACCUGAAACUGUGACAGAGUUCAUUAUAGAUCAAAUUUAUGAUCGAAACACAUCUACUGGCCAGAAACAAAUGAUAUUAGGGGCUAUCUCUUUAGCAGUACGCGAAUUAGCUGGCUGGACAGACAACAACACCACUAAGCCAAUUAAUGGCAAACAAACAUUUUUAUCAAAAAGAAUGGAAAUUGAAAAGCGCAAUCAGCACAAAAUUCAAAAAAACAGAUUAUCUGGAUUGGCCGGGCCAGUUUUUUUCUUUCCACUUUUAGUUGGGUGGUGGGAAGGAUCUCAAGGUUAUUUGGCUUAUUGGAUGGGCAGUAACCCGGUAUUGACUGAAAGGUUUAUCAUGACUUUAAAUAUCAUUCUACAUAGCUCAACAAAUACACUGGACAAGAGAAGAAUUGUCAAAGAAUACUUUGAAUUUGCAUUAUCUAUGCGAUAUGCAGUCAAUCUUUCAUUUGGAGUUAAAAAAGCGCUUUUACUUGGUAUUGAGACCAUUAUCAAUAUCUCAUAUAAAGGACAAGAAUCACUAUUGUUUACUGAUUAUGCAAAAGAACUGGUAGAAACAAAAGCAUGGUUAGAAGCCAUCAUUGAGAACCAUUCUGAAGACAAGUUACAAGAAAUGGCAGUGGCUGUUUUAAUAAAAAUAUCACACAUUGCAUUGACAGGACAAGGCACAAAAUAA